AUAUUCUAUUUACUGAUUUACUAACAAAUAAAUUACUGCUGAUGCUGUUCCAAUGAAGGUUUCCAAGGGAAAUUGUCUCUAUAAACAGUGGCAGCUGCACCCAAAGCUCAUUGCAAAUCCUCCAGGCUGGAAAAAGUGGUUGAACAGUACAAGGAUCCCCCGGCUGAGAGGCCAAGAUGAAAAAUUACAUUAUUUGUUACGUUUAAUUCUAAUUACCAUGCCAUUGUUUCUAUAGAAUGACUGAAUUCUCAUGCAAUCAGAGUUAGAAAAAGGAAAAUCUUGCAGCAGGAAAGUUAUUCAAAAAUAAUAAUGAACAGAGAAAAUCUGAUCACAGCAGCCACAGCGUUCCUGUCCUCUCAAACUGUAAGGGAUCAUCCUGACGAGACGAAAAGAAAGUUUCUAUCUGACAAAGGUCUUACAAACAAUGAGAUAAUUGCAGCUUUUGCUAAGAGCAGGAAUGCUUCUGAGGAAAAACCACAAAAUUUCAACCUAGUCAUGGAUAAGUGUAUAGAAGAAGUUGGGUCCCAAAAGAACAAGCCUUCCCCAACCCGCCCCUCACCUCCACUUGUAGUGGUUGCUGCUGUGUCUACUGCUGCACUCGGUGUUGUUGUUUAUCUGUAUCGUCUCUUCAGAAGGUACAUGUGGCCGUGGAUUGUAAGACAGUGGAAGUAUGUGGGAGGAGGAGGAGAGGAUGAACCCAAGAAACCUGUUGUUGUAGCUAUGAAGGAGAUUGUGACAUCCCAAAGUAAGUGUUGA